AUGGAAUUUGAUGAAAUAAUCAAAUUUGUUAAAUUAAAGUUUGAAAAUAAUGUAUAUUUAAUAACAAUACCAAUUUUACUUUUAGUUGUAACAGUAUCUUUUAUAAUUUCAAGUUUUAAAAAACCUACAACAACAGUAACUGCCACAUCAUCAUCACCACCAACUUCAUCAUUAUCAAACAAAAAAAAUAAAAAGAAGAAUCCUUCUCCAACAUUACAAUCAACAGUAACUACUAGUAAUACUAAUACAACAAAAUCAAAUCAACAAAAACAACAUAUUGAUACACCAAUUCCAUCCCCACCACCACCAACAACAACAGUUAAUAAUACAGAAUCAUCAUCACCAAACCCAAUCUCUAUAUCACAACAACCACAACUAACAAUUCAAGAACAUAAAUUAUUUUUUAAAGUUUUUAGAGGUGGUGAUGUUAUAGAUUGUAUUAAAUUUAGUGAAGAUGGUAAAUAUUUAUCAUUCUGUGGUACUGAAAGGUUAAUCAGAAUGUAUUUAUUUGAUAGUUUAAUCAAUUCAAAAGUACCACAAUCAUUUAAUCUUCAACUUCCAUUCGAUAAUGCAACUUGUAUUUCUUGGGGUAAUAAAACUCUUUAUGCAACUUUAAAUGAAUCUCAAAAAUUAGUUUCUUUUAAUAUUUUAGAUCAAAAAAGUUUACAAACUGGUAAAUCAUAUGAAGAUGGAUUUUCAGUUAAUUUAGAGAUAAAAUCAAGAAUUAAAUCAAUUUGUUCAAGUUCUCAAUCACCUUAUAUUUUAACAUGUAGUGGUGAUGAUACAAUCUUAAAAAUAUUUAAUCUCAAAGGUCAAAUCAUUCAAACAAUAAAUAAUGGUCAAAUUAAAAACUAUAUGGCUGCUAUGACUCAAUGUGGUAGAUUCUUUGCUAUUGCCUCUUUUAGUUCUGAAGUUAAAAUUUAUGAAUGUAUUAAAAAGAAAGAUGGUACUGUUAAUGAAUGUAAAAGAGUUAUGUCUUUAACUGGUUAUAAAACAUGUAUUUAUUCAAUAGAUUUUUCAAAAGAUGGUUUGAAAAUUAUAACAUCAUCAAAAGAUGGUAGUAUUAGAUUAUGGAAUUUAAAUGUAAAUUAUAAAUUAGAAGUUGAUCCUGAAUGUACAUAUUCAAUUACAUCAGAAAUUGGUGUUAUAGAGAUAAUUUCAAUUUCACCUGAUUGUACUUUAUUUGCUGGUGUUAAUCAAACUACAAAUGUUAUUGGAUUUUUUAAUCUCUCAAAUGGUAAUUUAAUAGAUUCCAUUCAUUUAGGUAAUAACCAUGCAAAAGUUAAUAGUAUUGCUUGGUCCCCCGAUUCAAAAUACUUAAUUUCUGGUGGUAAUGAUAAAUUAUUAUAUAUUUGGUCAAAUCCAAAAAAACUAUAA